AUGUCACACAACUUUGAACCCAUCCAAAAUGAUCUUAUUUUGCGAGCCGCCCGGGGAGAGGAAGUGGAACGGGCACCUGCGUGGGUGAUGCGUCAAGCUGGGAGAUAUUUGCCGGAAUAUCAUGAAGUUAAAGGUGGGAACGACUUCUUUGAGUGUUGUCGAUCACCAGAUAUCGCCUCGACUCUUACCUUGCAACCAAUUGAGCGCUUUGCUGGCCUCAUUGACGCCGCCAUUAUAUUUUCUGAUAUCCUUGUCAUUCCACAGGCUAUGGGCAUGACUGUUGAAAUGAUUGACAAGAAGGGACCUCAUUUCCCUGAGCCACUCACGUCGCCAACCGACGGCCGGUAUGAAACUGUCAUGAAAAAGGAAGUGGACGUUGCCAAGGAGCUGGAUUAUGUCUACAAGGCCAUAACCAUGACCAGGCACAAGCUGAAAGGCCGCGUUCCGCUAAUUGGCUUUUGUGGGGCGCCAUGGACUCUUCUCUGCUACAUGGUAGAGGGUGGCGGCAGCAAGCUCUUCAUUGAAACAAAGACUUGGGUAUUUAGACAUUCGCAAGCAAGCAAGGACCUUCUCCAAAAGAUUGCCGAGGUUUGCGUUGAACAUCUUGCUCUUCAAGUCAAAGCAGGCGCACAGAUGGUCCAAGUUUUUGAUUCUUGGGCAGCCGAGCUUUCUCCAGCUUCGUUCAGACAAUUUUCUCAGCCAUAUUUGGCUUAUAUCUCAGCAAAUUUGCCCAAAAGACUUGCAGAGAUGCAGCUCGACCCUGUUCCGAUGAUAGUCUUUGCCAAAGGCGCUUGGCAUGCUCUUGAAGCUCUUUGUGACCUGGGCUACGACGUUGUUGGACUAGACUGGCUGCAAGAUCCGGCCGCGGCCGUCAAAAUUAGAGGUGAUAGGUCUGUUGUCUUUCAAGGCAAUGCUGACCCAGGGAUUCUUUACGGCACGAAGGAUGCGAUUACGUGUGCAGUUACGAAAAUGGUUGAUGGAUUUUAUGGUGGUGGGAAAAAGGGAUGGAUCGCUAAUUUGGGUCAUGGGAUCACACCAAAGGUGAAUCCGGACGACCUCAAGUUCUAUUUUGAGGAAAUCCGUCGAUUGACGGCCAGCUAG